UAACGACUUGGUAAAUAAUGAAAAAAGCCACCACAGGCCUCCUGAAAUAAAAUCCACUUAUUUCCACCACUCCAGCUUUCACUCCGUAAUUAAUCAAACUUCCCGGUCAUUCCAGUAUUUCUUUGUUUCCAUUCCUCGGAGCAGCUAAACUUCUUGUUGUUGUGAGCCACAGGCAGCAAGUGUGGUUUGCGAUCCCCUUUGCGACAAACCGAUCCUACCUCAGGAACCACCAUUCUUUCUCCAAUUGGAUCCUUCCCCUGACUCUCCCCAUUCUCUGCUGGUUACAUUAUCAUUGACGCUCGUUUGACCUUCUCAAUUCGAAACGUAGCAAUCAUGUCUCUCCAAGACGUGUACCAGAAAUUCCUUUCUGACCCCAGGUCUGCUUCCCUGGCUUCCGAUAUUGCGCUGAUCUAUAUCACCACGACCACCAGGAUUGAUGGCGCCGAGGCCGUGGUCAAGCACCUCGCCAGACAGGAUCAUAUCCUCAAAAGAAAGUCCCAGCAGGUGAUUGAUACGGUCGAAGGCUUGAACUCCCUGUCUCUAGAUGUAGACACCACCGUGGAAUUUGUCUCUGGUGGCGGACCGUAUCUCCCCGCGCUGGACGAUAACUUCCUGUCCGACCGCAUUGCGACUUUCCCCACGGUUCAUAUCGUUCAUUUCAACUCCCAGAACCAAAUUCAGCAGGUUAAGGUCUACUGGGACCAAGCGUCGCUUUUGAAACAGGUCGAAGUGAUCGGCUCGCGCAGUCGCGGUUGGCCCAUUCGCGAUGCAAAAGAUCAGGUUAGAUUGAUCAAGACCGCCGCUUCCUCCGCGCCGGUGGAUAAUGCCCCAGCGCCCGCGCCCGCGCCCGCGAACAAGCCCGAAGAGAAUGGCGACACAUACGACAAAGUUAUUUCUCCUAAGAGACGCAUCAAGGACCCGUACGCGGCAGAGUCUCUGGAAGAACUUCUCUCCCCUGGCAAGGACCGAGCGGAACCAGUGCGUGCCCCUCGUGCUCCAGCAUCCGCUAAGCCUCCCCAGCGCGAUCUGGGUGAGCUCUUCGGAAAUCACGAUGAUAUCGAUAUUCCUGGACCAUCCUCCUCCAGCACCACGCCGGUCGCUCCCAAGGUCGGUGCGGGUAAGAACUACCGGGCUUCGCGCAUCUUUGAUGAUGACGAGACCGUCGCUGCCCAAGACAAGCCCCAGCCGAUCGCUUACAGGGCUCACCCCAAGCGCUUCGAUCAUUUUGAGCUGGGCGCGGACAACAGUAACCGUGAGAUUAAACCGAAGGUCUCGCGCCCAGUGUCGAGCCAGGGCAAGGGAGCCCAGUGGAAAUUUGAGGACUUCUCGACUCCUGAGAAGCCUACACGCCAGCUCCGGGGCCAAGAGCUUCGUAGUUUCGGUAUCAGCGACGAGGAGCCAGAGACACCCUCAGCCAAGCCUCGCGUCCAAACCCGCCGUGAUGCGGAAACCCACUUCAAGUUGACAGAUGACACCGGCGAUCAGAGUUCAGGCCGAAUCAUCAGUUCGUUUCAGAACAAGGGCCUCAGCCUUUACAAGAACCACCUGUUCGGCGAUGAAGACGAGCCCGCCAAGCCGUCGUCCCAGGAUAAAUGAAUCACCAGCGAAAAGCAAGGCCGACGAGAACAAGAAGCCCAUCGCGGCGGACCGACAGCGGGCAGUCAAAAUGUUGGAGCCGUCAUGGGAAUCCUAUGAUCAAUCUCCUCAGCCGAGCAAGACCGUUCGUCCUCCUCCACAGCGCCGCCAAUUGCGAAGUGUCAACGAGAGAAGCUGGAGCCUUGGCGAUAAUGAGUGAAGCGAUUGAUAAAAAACUGGCCCUCAGUACCGUGAACCCUGAACCCCGAACCCUUUGACGACAGUACCGAAUAAUCUCAUCGAGCAGCACUUCGAGCCGUCAUCAUGGUGACAACCUUGCCCAAUGCGACUUGGACCCAUGGAAGACUUUUUUUACUUCUAAAUUGUCUAUUUUGUUCGAACAAUACUUGUAUUCAUUUCUUGUAUCUUUCUUACCUACUUUCUUACCACCUUGUCUGCUAUGUUCCAUUUAGCUUGC